AUAUAAGGCGCUCCGAGCUGCUCGGGAGUCACACGGCUCCUCUGUGCUUCAGGAACAGCGCCAACAAGCCGCAGCCGGGUCCUCUCACACGGGAAUAACGCAGCUCUCCAGCGCGCAAAGGAAACGGCUCCCGAGUAUCCCAGCGACUGGACACUAACUGAGACCGAGGUUGUGUCUGGCACCCUGAGCAGCGGCGCUCACACACAGUUUGCUGUCGUCUGAAAGUCCACCCCAGACUUCUGAAGCUUCAGAAUGACCUGCGCUGUCAUGUCCUGGCUCCCUGUCCUCUCCCUCCUGCUGCUCUGCGUCAGGGACUCGGCCUCUCUCGUCCUGCCUGACUCCAAGGAGCUCAGGCAGCUGCUGAGCCGCUACGAGGAGGAAGCGGAUUACAACAGCACCAGCAACACCGCUGGCAAUAGGACCCGACGAGCCAUCCGCUGGUCGGACCGUGAGGAGAUCCUCCAGCUGCACAACAAGCUGAGGGGCGGCGUCUACCCCACUGCCUCCAACAUGGAGUACAUGGUUUGGGAUGAUGAGUUGGAGCGAUCCGCCACUCACUGGUCAGAGGUGUGUCAGUGGGACCAUGGACCCCAGGACCUGCUCAUGUCUAUUGGACAAAACCUGGCUGUUCACUGGGGAAGAUACCGCUCUCCUGCCUUCCAUGUCCAGGCCUGGUACGACGAGGUCAAAGACUACACUUAUCCCUACCCUCACGAGUGCAAUCCCUGGUGUCCAGAGCGCUGCUCCGGGCCCAUGUGCACCCAUUACACCCAGCUGGUCUGGGCGACCACGAGCCGAGUGGGCUGUGCUGUGCACGUGUGUCCGAGGAUGGACGUGUGGGGAGAAAUAUGGGAAAACGCUGUUUACCUUGUGUGCAACUAUUCCCCAAAGGGCAACUGGAUCGGUGAAGCUCCAUACCAGCAGGGCCGCCCUUGUUCCCAGUGCCCUCCCAGCUACGGAGGAGGCUGUAGGAACAACCUGUGCUACAAAGACUCUCAGCGCUCCGAGACAGAGGACAUGAAUGAGGUGGAGAAGCCUCAGGUUCCGCUGCCGCCUCGUACCACCGCCAAACCUGCCCCCAAACCUAAACCGUCUGCUCCCAAGAAACCAGCGUCCAAGCCCUCCACUCCUAAGCCGGCCACACCCAGGGCGCCGUCUUCAAAGACUCCCAGCAACACCUAUCUGGCUCAGAACAUCAAGUGUGAGACUAGACUGCGAGACAAGUGCAAAGGUGCAACCUGCAACAGAUUUAACUGUCCUGCUAACUGUCUGAAUAAGAAAGGGAAAGUUUGGGGAACUCUCUUUUACGAUGUGCAAUCAAGCAUUUGCAGAGCUGCUAUCCAUUUUGGUGUCAUUGACAACAAUGGAGGCCUGGUCGACGUCACAAGGACGGACAAGUAUCCAUUCUUUGUCAGAGGCACAAAGAAUGGCAUCGAGUCCCUCAGUAAAUAUAAACCCGGCAACGCCUUUGUGGUGGCAAAAGUGGAAGAGAUGACCGCUGACUGCUACACCACAGUGGCUGAAAUCUGCCCUUUCAAAAAGCCCAACUCAUACUGUCCCAGAAUCUUCUGCCCAACCAACUGCAAGACUCAGCCUUCCUAUUGGUCACCCGUGAUCGGAAAUAACAUUUACACAGACAGCUCCAGUAUUUGCAAAGCAGCCAUCCAUGCAGGGGUAAUCAGUGCAGAUGGCGGCUUGGUGGACAUUCUGCCACUGGACAAGAGAAAGAACUACGUUGGAGUCCUGAAAAAUGGCAUCCAGUCUGAGAGCAAGAGCAACACGGAGGGAGCCUCCUUCCGAGUCUUUGCCGUGAGGGAGUGAGACCUUGGUUCAGAAGUCCAAAGACCAACAGAGUCACCUCAGCUGCUCUUGAAGAGCAGGAAGUGCCCGCAGGUUGGAUACCACGGCUGUUCAUCUGUCUCUGUGCCCUCAGUGGAAACAGAACGUCCCAGCAGAUCGAUAGACAGACUUUUCCCUCCUAGUUCAGAAACAGUAGCCACCCAGUAAAACUCAUUCUCCCUUAUCUCGAUGGACCUUUAUUUUUCUCAGCUUUUAACUCCAGAUAUGGAUAUUUUUUAGACAUAUUUACUUAAUCUGUGAAUAUGGAAUGAUUUUAUAUAUUAUGAUGCGUUGAACAGCUGGUGCUGGACGUUUUUGAGUUAGUCAUGUUUUACAGGAAGUAUUUUGUUUACAUUGAUGUUCUUAUUACAAAUUUUAAUUGGUUUUCAUACACAGGAAUGUAUACUGAUCACACUGUAUUUAAUCAUUGUGUACAGAAUAUAUGAUAUUUUGUUUGUUUUAAAAAUGGAGUACCAUAUAUUAACAUUUUUAUGUUUAUUCUGAUUUGUUUUAUUGCCUUUUUCUGCUCACCUGGAUAAUCUAUGCUUUUCGCUCUUGAAGAUUUAGGCCACAUCUGGGUCUAAAUUGUUCUUAUAGGUUAAGUUAAAGAUGUUGUGUUGGCUGGGUAGACCAGAACAUGUUAGGCAGAAAACAAAAGGAGAGGAACAGUGUGGUAGAUGGGCGUGCAUACAAGCAGCAGGCACUGCUGUAGAUAGAUGGCAUUUCCCUUAAGGAGGCUGGUGUCGCUUCAGUGGCAGACAUGUGGAGGUGAUUUAGUGAUGGUGUUACGUUGCAAGGUUCACUGUGUGGUACAUGAUAGCUGGUGCAGAUUGGUCCUCAGAAUAUAAUGGAUGUAUUAUAUAACAAUCACAGACACUAGAUAGUUUAAAAUAACAAGCAGUCUUUUGUCAUUUUAUAUUUAUUAUUGCUUCGUGCUUUCCUCAUUUCCUAAUUUCUCCUGUUUACUAUGUUAUAUGAAAAUGCUAAAUUUGUCCCGCCCCCACCUGACAGAUGAAUGUGUCCCGUGUUUCAGGUAAAGAGAGAGUUUUAUGUGAAGAGACUAGACCAUAUUUUGAGAUGUGUGCAUGUGUUUGCUGUUCAUGCAUUUUGGAACAUGCAAGAUGCAGACACCUGUAAUGUCUAUCACUAUACUGGACUGAAGCACCGUUGCUGUUGGUACUGUCCUGAUUUGAAUUAGCAAUGCCUUUUUAGUUUGUUAUUCUGAUCUUUUUACACUUGACGUCUUGAUUUAGGUCUCUAAAUUGUCACUUACAUUUUAGCAUAGUAAGCAUCCCUCAGGGAUACAAACAAAACAAAUGUAAUGUCCAGUUUGCGCUGCAGGACUGGUGUGUCGAGUUGGGUUCCUAAAUAACACCACAUACAUCGUAGCAUCAUUAAGCCUUGUUGCACAUCUGUCAGUUUCCUAAAAACAGUACACGCUAAAGAGCUAAAGGACAAGAUUGUAAAAAAUGUCACAAAUACCUGGCCAGAAAAAUCACUCUUUAAAAUUUCUUCCUUCAAGCAUAUUUCAACUUUAUCUCCUUAUUCUACCUCAGUCCUAUCGCUACGCCAGGCAUCUAUGUCUUUUCUAUAUGCAAAUUUGUAUGGGAAAUGGGUUUUGUAAAGUUAAGGGAACUGUAAAUACAAUGAUUUUUUUUGUUUCUGAACAAUCCUUUAUGCAGGAAGAUAUGAUUAAAAUGUGUGAAUUUCUUUUAUUUGUCUUGUUUUUAUACAGGUUUAGGAUGGGUUCUAUAUUUUUGCACAAUUUGGAA